AGGUUUACUAAUGGCAGGCUUGUCGACAAUUGUUGAGUAUUUGAAAGGCGACGGUGACGUUGGCUAUCGAUGUGGUUAUUGCAAGAAUCCAAACGGAAGCUUUUCUAGAGGCAUGUGGGCACAUAGGAUGACAUGUCAGGACUACGAAGAUCUUAUUGAUCGAGGAUGGCGCAGGAGUGGCAAAUAUGUAUACAAACCAACUAUGAAAAAGUCUUGCUGCCCUCCUUACACCAUUAGAUGUGACAGCACGGAGUUUCGUCUAUCAAAGUCACAAAAGAAAGUAUUGAAAAAGUUUGUGAGAUAUGUGGCUUCUGGAUCGGUGUCUGCAGGCGAAGCUGAAAGACAACCAGAUAAGAAAGUCAAAACCGCAAGAAAUCCAGACAGUACUGUGAAAGGAGUUUCUGCAUCUAAGAGUGACGUAAGACCAGGAGUAGGUGCUGAUCCUGAUAAACUACCUUGUCGGAAAGCUAAAGAUAUUCGUAGAGAAAGAAAACUUGCUAAGCAACAGGCAUCCGCAUCAACUGUUUUGGCCUCGUCUAUUACUGUUUCAAACGAAUCGAAGGAGGCAGCCGUUCUCUCUAAAUCCAGUGAUUCAACAUUCCCCGCGCAUGGGCAAUCUGAAACAAGAUCAUUGGAAGAUUGGAUUCUUACUGCAAUAGAGAGAAAGGAUACAAAACACAAGUUGACAGUUUCUCUCGUUUUGUGUAACACAAGCGAUGCAGAGUUUCAAGCAUCAUACGAGGAAACAUAUCAACUGUUUAAGAUUUAUCAAAUGACAAUCCACAAAGAGACGGAGGAGGAUAGCGACAGAAAGCAGUUUAAGCGGUUUCUCGUUGACUCGCCUUUAAUAUUCUCUAGAUCAGAAGAUGGUCCUUCCACCGGCUAUGGCUCAUUUCACCAGCAGUACAGACUAGAUGGGCGACUCAUUGCUGUUGGUGUGCUGGAUAUCCUACCACAUUGUGUCUCGUCGGUUUAUUUCUUUUAUGAUCCAGAGUUUGGCUUUUUGUCUCUUGGUGUAUAUUCUGCUUUGAGAGAGAUUCUAGUUACUCGCCAGUUGUAUCAAGCUACACCACAGUUGAAGUGGUAUUACAUGGGGUAUUAUAUCCACUCUUGUGAGAAAAUGAGCUACAAGGGUCAAUAUUAUCCCAGUUACCUACUCUGUCCAGAAGUGUUGACGUGGGUGCCUAUUGCGGAAUGUGUAGUGAAAUUGGAUAUGGCAAAGUUCAGUCGAUUAGAUGACCAUGGUCAGCUACAAGAGCCGCCUUUGCACGUCACUCUUCCUAAAGUCACCAUUCUCUCACGACAAGAGCAAAUGACAUACGAGGUAUUUGAAGCUAUCUAUCAUAGUAAGCAUCAAGAUGUAGUGAAAGACUACAUCUCAGUGGUCGGUCCUAUCACUGCUACUCGGAUGCUGCUUUAUUUACAUUCAUGAUCAGUUAGUCGACUGUGUAACAUAGUAACUUCUUGAGUACAAACAAAGCAUUAGCUUAGAAACAGCAACGAGACUGAGAAGGUCACCAUUAGCUUCGAAAAGAACUCGAUUGCCAUCCCACAUUUUCAAUAAUACUGCCCUCCUCACAAAUAAAUAGAUAAAUAAAUAGAAAAUAAAUAAAUAAAUAAA